AUGAAUCUGGAAAGUUUGGAAGAUAUUAGGAAGGAAGCCCGUGAACUUUAUAACGGGGGAAAUUUAUCUGAGCUUGAAGAAAUUUUUGAAAAAAAUGAAGGGUUUGCAGAAAAAUUAGAAUCUCUAUCCUUAAAAUUUCAUAGUAGAUUUGUUGAGCAUGAAAAAUCUCAUGAAGGUCCUCAAAAAGAGUUGAUAGAAAAUAAUCUCGGAAAUGUCAUGUUUGAGGCAGACGUUGAAGAAAUUACCAGUUUCAAAAAACUUUGUGACAUUAUGGCGGCUUCUUAUAGAGAAAAAAAAACUGUAAAAGCUGUCGGUGGAUUUAAUUCUUUCAGUCGAGUUCAUGACACUAAUGGUUUUCUGUUGUUGACAGAAAAGUUUUCUGGAAUUGUCAAAACAAACACUAAACUAUUGAAAUCUAAUGUUAAUCAACAAGCAAUUAAAGAUGAUAUUGUUUAUUACGAUAUGAAAUGUGGAACAACUAUACAUGAAAUAAUUAAGGUUUUAAAAAAAGAUGAUAGAGCUUUGCCUAAUUUGGGUGGUUAUGAUGGCCAAACUAUUGUUGGUCUUAAUGCUACUUCAACUCAUGGAAGUGGGAUCCAAAUUCCACCACUGGCAACUUCAAUAAAGACGGUUGAUUUAAUUGUACCUGGUCAAUUAUAUCGUAUUGAACCAGCGGAUGGAAUUACCGAUCCUAUCUCAUUUAAAGCCAAAUAUCCAUCUGUCACAUUAAUUCAGGAUGAUGAUACUUUCAAUUGCAGCGUUGUAAACUUGGGUGCAUUUGGUGUAGUAUUCUAUGUCACUGUAUCUACAGUAAAACUUUAUAGUAUUAUUGACGAACGUGAAGAAACUACUUGGAAUGAGGCAAAAUCCAUACUUAAACAACAACCUUAUGAAACAAAUCCAUACCUAAAAUACAGAAAUUGUGAAGUAUGGAUUAGCCCAUAUACACCAUAUACACUUAUUGUCAAAAGAAAUAUUGCAACCGAAGAAGAUAAACAAACCUAUCCAAAGCCUGAAAUAAAAAAAUGGUUCCAAGAAUUUAUAGAAUCACCUUUAAUAUCAAAAAUUACCGGCAGAACUGCUAAAUCAGCUGCAAUCUCGAUUGAAUUGGCUUUUCCCAUGAAAGAUGAUAACCAUUUAAAUGCCGUUGAUGCACUUUUAGAAACAUUAAAAGAAAUGUAUGAUAAAGAUCAAUUAUAUAUUAAUGGACCUUUGUCACUUAGAUUUUCUUCUUCUCUGCCACAAUUUUUAUCUAUGGCAAAUAAUGACGAAGGAAUUCCAACUUGUUAUGUUGAAAUGGCUAUUUUAUAUUAUAGGCCUUCUCAAUUUCAUUCUCAAAUUUUUGAUUCAUUAAUGGCAACUGCAUUAAAAUUUAGCGGUAGAUGUCACUGGGGCCAAUAUUUGCCACCAGAUCUUGAUUUAAAUUAUCUGGCAAGUUCAUAUAAAAAAGAAAAUGUUGAUAAAUUCAUUAAACAAAUCGAAAGGUUUGAUCCACAAGGAUUAAUGAGAAAUGAUUUAUUACAUCAACUUGGUUUGAAGUCCACAAAAGAAAUUCCUAUUCAAAAUAAACCCGGGGAUAUUCGUAAAGAGUCUAAAAACAUACGCAACAGGUUAAGAUCAAUUUCAGAAGAUUCAGAGUUCGUAGAUGAAAUUAGUGAUUUGAUACCCUAUUUACCUGUUAUAGCAAAUGAAAGAUGUGGUACUUGGUAUGUUAAUCCAAAACGCUUAUUCCACCAAUCAGUUUAUUUUAAAUCAACCGAUGGUCAUAAUGGUAAAUGGAAUUUUAAUUUACGUAGAUUAAAUGCUCAUUUAUUAGAUGUAAUUAUAAAUUAUGGUGGAUGUAUAAUAGUAGAUUCUACACGUAAUGGCAAAAGAAUGCCUGAUUCUUUAUCAAAGACUAUACCAAUAUGGUGCUCCACUAUAAAUUAUUCCAUAAACAAAUUUCGUGAAAAUUUAUUAUCAUCAACAACAAUCUCUUCAAAUAUUAAUAAAGAUAAGGACGUUGAUAAUUCUGUUGAAUUUAUUCAAAAUCGCUUAAAAUCUUUGAAAUUGAAACAAAAAUCUAACGAUAAUGAUGUAAUAAAUGUGCAUACGGAAAUGGAAAGUAUGGAUUUAGAUGACGACAACUAUAAUGACAGUCAUGAUAUUUCUUCGUUAUCAGAAUCAUUGAAAAAACCAUUAAGACCGAUCUGGUUUACGCCUUCAUCAAAUCUCUACUUACACGAGUUGCCUGAUUAUCGUAACAUGCCAUUUUAUCCUGUGAUAUGUUUAAGUGCAUCGAAAAUUGUUAAUAAUGGGUUGGAUUUUAGAAGUAAUGGUGACAGUGGCAAUGAUGGGUUUGCAUACAUUCAAGGCUCGGCCGAUGAUCAUGAAAUGUGGUCAAUGGGGUUAACACCAUCUUUAUUUUGGCAAUAUAAAACUGAAAUAUUGAAUAAACAAAGUUCACAAGAUUGUGAACUAUUUAUUAAGCAAUUAGUUCAUCAAUCAAAAAUUAAUAAAAAAUCACCAUUAUCGUCAUCGCCAUUAUUAUUGGCUGCUUCUUCAUCUUCUUUAUUAAGAAAGGAUGAAUUUAAUUUCAUUGGUAAUACAAAUAUAGCUAUUGGAAAUCGUAAAAGUGAACCAAUUAAUUUCAAUUUUCACACUACAUCAUUCAAUUAUUUGCAAUUAUUUAUACCAGAAGGUAAAAAAGGUCAACACCAACUAUACCAACAAAUACCUAAUGCUCUCAAAUUUCUUAAAGAUCCAAUUAUAAAAAAUAAUAGUUUGGACAAAGAACAUUCUAAAAAAAUACUGAUAUACUGUGAACAAGGAAUUGAUAGAAGUGUUGGAAUUUGUUUAAGUGUGUUGAUCGAGUAUUUUGAUGAUCAAGGAGAUGUAAUAAUCAAUGGAAUUUAUCAUAAAUGUGUCACAAAGGAAUUAAUACAAAGAAAAUUAUUAUACAUUAUGAAAUAUAGAUUUCAGGCAAAUCCAACUAGAUCAACUUUAAAAAAAAUUAAUCUAUAUUUUAUUUCAAAAGAAUAA